GAUCGAAUUGCUUGUUUGUACUUGUAAAUAAUAGUUUACUUGGUCAAUGAAGAUCAUUUAUUGAGUUCAUAAUGUCUCAUCUAACAGCAAAACAUGGAUAGAAGAAAUUUUAAGAAAGUUCACACCGAUUUAACGCAUUUUAGCUCGAUAGGACCUGGUGCCAACGUUAUUGGUGGUGUUGGUAAUGCGCCUAAUCCCUGGCACCCUCCAGGUGAUACAGAUGCCGCCCUGCAGAUUCAGGGCCAGAAUCUGCAAAAUCCCUUACCACCAGUCUCAUAUGAUCAACAUUCACAACUACAACCAGCAAAAUUGAAGCAGCCUUCAAAUGUGAGUCGAGGUGUAUGUAAAGUGCCAGUUUCCCAGGCAAGAGUGAGGCGGAGGGAGAAGAUAGAUCAUACAAAUAGGAAUAAGUCAACAUUAAGCAUUCACAAUUACAGACCAAAUUACACAUGGAACCGAGGUGGCCGAGUCAAAGAGCUUCGGCUGAGGCAUUUGGCAAGAAAAUACUUGUACAUUUGGCUGAAAAAUGUGUUUGGAAGAAUUCGACCAUCCCUAGCACGGUUACACCAUGACCAGCGGCUGUUGUCUUUGUGCUUCAGACAGUGGCAUUUGUACUGGUGGGAAGUGCGGCAGGAGUGGAGGCUAAUGGUCAGAGCAGAAUGCCACUACAGAUAUGUAAUGUGGGCUAAAAUAGUGUCAGCCUGGAAGAUUUAUGUAACAGUUCAGUUUGAAAAGAACAGAAAAAAUGCAGCUGCAUUACAAAUGUAUAAGAAAUCUGUUUUAAAAACUGUGAUUAGAGCCUGGAUCAGUUACGUUCUGGAGAGAAGACGUAAGAAACUGCUCAGUGGUCAGUCGGAUGCCUUUAACAAGAUGUCCUGUGUCAGAAUGGCUUGGAAACAGUGGAGACUGCAGCUGAGACUGGCAUCAGAACAAAACGACAUGUCAUCUCUAGCGAUGCAGUUUUGGGGUUACAGAGUCCAAGCACAACACUGGCUCAUAUGGCAAGAUGCAUUCUUGAGACGACAGAAGGUGACAAAACAGAAGGAAGUGGCGGAGAGACACUACGAUCAAGCUGUUGUUUUCAAGUGUUGGAAUGCCUGGAUCAUUUACUGGAAGACCAGACUAGUCAAAGUGCGAAACAAAGCCUAUGCAGUGAACCUUUACCACAAUUCUUUGAAGAUGAGAAUAUUCAAUGUGUGGUACAAACGGUUACAGGCACGACGUUGUCUGGCAGCUAACCAGCAACACAUGACUGCUCUGGCUCGUGGAUUCAAGACAAGACAAGUUUUCACAUGCUGGAAAUUCUAUGUCAAGAUGAGAAAAGAAAAGAGGGCCAAGGAGAGGAUGGCUUCUCUGCACUAUCGACACAAUCAGCUGACGCUGGGAUUGACGGCAUUCAGACUAAACCUCGUCCAGCACAGAGUGCGGCUUGUUAGAGUACAGAUGGCAGAUGCACUGAGAAUGAGCCACUUGAUGAGCAGGGCAUGGACCAGGUGGUCUGAUCGCUGGGAACAACGGACAGAACUUCAAAUGGUAUCUAAAACAACAACUGCAAGAAAGCAUUUCAAGAGUGUCAUUUUGAAAAAGUGUGUGAGAUCCUGGCUUCAGUAUGUACACUGGAGGCGCAUGAGGAAAACACAGUACACCAAGGCAGAUGCACAUUUCUACCAGCAGAUGAUGUCACUCUGUAUCUUCAGGAUGCGUGUGUUUGCCCAGAUGGAAAAGAACCAAAGAGAACUUGCACAGAAAGCUGUGCAGUUUAGAAAAGAAAGUCUUUGUUGGCAGUACUUUGAACAAUGGAAAACUGAAUGGGAAAGAAGUAAAGAGAAUAGAAUGCUUCAAAGACUGGCAAUUCUUCAUUGUGAAGAUGUCUUGAAAGCUAGAUUGUUUUCUCUGUGGAAAUCUAGGACAUCAGAAGAAUUAGCACAGAAAGAAAAAGAGACUGUUGCUAUUCAACAAUUUCAUAUGAGCAUGCGCCAGAAUCACUUUUUGGCUUGGAAAGAAUAUGUUUGUCAACUCCGAUUCAAUGAAUUGAAUGAAAUAAAAGCAUCCCGGCAUUAUUGUACAACUCUAUUGUCAAAAGCAUUGAAGUCAUGGAAACAGUACCACAUGCAUAAAAGAUGUUCCAAUCAAAAGGUUCACAGGGCAGUUGUUUUCCAUAACCACACUUUGUACAAGGUGACCUUGACCUGCUGGAGGACCUAUGUGAGACACAUGCGAGAAGUCGGUGCUGUUGUUGAUGCCAAGUUUGAAGACAAAUGUCGACAGUUGUUGAGACGGUCAGUUGUCAAAUGGAGGGAGAAUGUUCAGCUCCAGGUUUUUGUUAAACAACAGGAAAGCAAAGGAAUCGCCUUCCACAAAACACAGGUCCUUGCUAAGGUUGUGCGGUCCUGGCACCGAUACACAGUUGUCCGUGCAUACAAGAGAUUGCACACUCAGCAGCUGGAGCAUCAAGUACAACAACAGCUUUCCAAAAACAAAUUGAGAUGUUUCUUCCACCGAUGGCAUAGGGAAUAUGUGCUUUCAGUCCACACAAAACAAAAUCUACAUCUCGCCAGUCAACAUUUCCGGAGAUCCUUGCAGAUAAAGGUCAUCUCACAGUGGCAAAGCUUCACACGUCUACACAUCAAGAAACAUCUAAUAACCCAGCAGAGCUUGUGGUUCGACAAAGUGUGCACGACAGCAAAGUUCUUUCACCUGUGGAAACAGCAGCAUGUGGAGUCACAGGAAGAACAGAGCAAGACCAAUCUCGCUUUGUGGCACUGGAGUCUGGGGCUGCUUCACAAAACUGUGUCUUCAUGGCAUGAAUUUGUCCUGAAUAAGCAAAGAAAAAAGCAGAGAGAAAUGGAUGCCCUGGAGAAACGACGUGUGCGUUUACUGCAGCUUGGGGUUACAAAAUGGCUCACAGUUGCAGCUGAUCUAUCUGACUUGAGGGCUAAGUUUGCAGCACAGCGUCAAGCUGAGAGUGCUUUUGACACAUUUCGAAUCACUCAGAAAUAUGCUUUGAAGUGGAGGUAUAUUACGAAUGGGAAUCUAUCAGAAAGGCACAGAAGAGUGCCCAGGAAGAAACCUGUUGUACAAGAAAAUGUUGUGUUAGCUGCUGAGACCCGACCAUUGGAGCCAAAGUCCAAGGAAGCCGUCAGACCAUCUGUGAACAAAGGGGAUCACCGCAGCAUGCUCCAUAUUGAUGUGGAAGGAUGUCAACCUGUCAUUCCUGUUCUGAGGUCUGCAUCCUCUCCCGUGAUACCACAGAGACCGAAACCACGGAAACCAGACUUCCUCAAAGAUUCCUUGAAACGUCUUGGUUUGCACUCCUCGGUUCAGGAAAUGCUAGAAUCAAGACAAGAGCCCUGUGGAGUACUUCACGAAGCACACAGUGUUAAAUCAACACACGAGAAGCUGCACGUAGACAGUUCACAGCAUUAUCGACUAAAUGUAAUGCAAGAACAUUUUAAUGUCGGGGUUGAAUUACCUCCAGAAACCUGUAAUGUUCAGUCUACAGAACAUUCACAUAACAGUUCGAGGGCCGAGUUAGCUCUUACUAAAGCCAAGGAUGUCUUUACUGGUGAUGAACAGUUUUAUGAUUCUACAGCUGUUUCAUCACUGCCACCAGUUUCACAAAAAGACCAGCCUCAGCUUUCCCAUCAAGCAUUGAAGGAUCAUUACCAGCAUGCACACGGAAAUGUUUCCCAGCAGGAAAAGAAACAGGAAUUCCAGCUAGAAGGUUGUCAGUGUUCACAUUUGGCUGCCAAAAAUAUCACUAAUUCAGAAAAACCCCUAUCAAGUUUGAUUUUAUUAACUCCCAUGGAUUUUGUCAAUAAGAAUGAAAAUGCAGCAGAGUCAACAUCCCGUGAAAAAAGCUUUGGUUAUUCUAAUACUGAGAGAAAUGUAGGGUCAGAAAAUAUUCCAUAUUCUACAGCAAAGACGGUUAAAGCAAACCUUGGCCAAAACAUAUCUCCUACUGCUGAACUGAUCCAGAUCAGAGACACACUGAAUACAUUUGCAAAAGAAAAGAAGAGACUGAGACUACUGCAGAAGCAACGGCAGCUACUUUCUGACUGGCUAAAUGAAGAAAAUGAAGAGAAUGAGGAUGCUGUAACUGCUAGAGAGGAGUUGAAUUCACUGAUCAGCGAGAUUGACUUGUUAAAGAAAUCAGUUGAUGCUCAGCAACCAGUCUGUGCUCAGUUAGUAGAAAAAACAAAGGAACUGAUGCAAAAACUUGGUGCUAAAACCUGACAAUUAUUAUCUCAUCACCUAAUACUUCUCUAAUCAUUAAUAUGCAUAUUAAUGUUUCUCCAGAUGUGUAAUAUUCACAACGUUCUUUAUCCAGCCAAAUGAAGUAGUACUCCAGCCUGAAGUAACACCCCCCCCGUACUCUCUUCAACACUUUCAACCCACAGUAUUCAAAUGAAUUAAAGUUAUGUGGAUAUGGAUAUUUUACCAUCUAGUAGAACCGACUAGUGAAACUCUGGUGGAUGCUUCACCACAGAAAUUUGAAAAAUAUUAAUGGACAAAUGUAAAAAAAAAAUUCAGGACUUUAUUGUUUACUUGAUCUUUAGGUUGUCUUAAAAAAUUUGUAAUGAUCCAAUUGCCUUCCAUAACUUUGUGCUGUUGUUUGAUAGAAAUCUCAGGGAGCUGUUCUGUGAUAUGUUUAGGAUUCAGUCAUAGAGUGAAAAUACAGCGUUACGCAUGUUUUCCAUUUGGCCAGAAAUAUUUUUGUUACAAUUUAUUUACAAUUAUUAUUUAGAUAAUUAAAACAACAAAAUAUAUCAUAGUGUUUAUAAAAAUGAACUAUUAAAUAGUUACUGUAUAUUGGAAUUACAUAUUUUAUACUAAAAUAAAACCUCUUUGAUUUUCA